UCUGUGCAGCUGGUGCUGCCUGUGCUGCUGCUGACAGGGACGCCUGAGAGGCAGCUGCAGCAGCAGCCACAUCCCGCAUAUAACUGUCUUGCUUAACUUGCUUCUGUCUUCACUGCCUCUUGCAACUCUUCCUCCUGCAGCGCUCCUGAUAACUCCUUCACAGCCACUGCAGACCUGGGGAGAUAGAGGCUGUGUGUGCAGACUUUCUGAGGACUAAAUCAGCUUUCAGAAUCCCAGCCCUGCAAGCUAGUCCCGAAGAGCAGCUGAGCCUUUGCAAGUUUACUCUACGCGAAUGGACUGACCCAGCUUUUACUUAGUGACUUCAUGUUUUAACCUCUUUCCAGCCUCUGUUUUCUUUCUGCCUACUGCUCCCUUCUGUAUUGUGGAGAGCCCCAUAACAUUAGCAGGGGUGCACGAGUCACGGGGCUGUUGAGGAAGAUUAACCCUUUCCUUUUCUUGUGUGUGCGCAAAACCUAACUUUCCCUUUUCUAUUAUUCCCUCAUUGCAUUUUAAUUGCACAUUUUGCCUGUUUUUACCUCCCACCCCCACCCCUUGUUAUUCCCCUGGAUUUGCACAUUUUCCUCUCCCUGAUUAAAAAAGUGUUACAGGUGAUGACAGUUUUUCUGUUGCCAGUUUCGUUCCUGCUGGUGCUAAGUUCUAGCCGGGCCUUUGCAGAUCCCUUUCUGGCCAAUGGCAAGUGUCCAGCUCGUUGCGAUGUCUCCAAGUGCCCAAGCCCCAGCUGCCCAAGCGGCUACGUCCCCGAUCGUUGCAACUGCUGCCUCAUCUGUGCUGCGGGAGAAGGUGAUUCCUGUGGCCGCAAGGAAGACCCACCGUGCGGGGACAGCCUGGAUUGCAAGUACCCCAUGGGCAAGCGCUUCGGCAAAGGCGUGUGCCAGUGCAAGCUCAGCUACCAGGUGUGCGGCAGUGAUGGCAGGACCUAUGACAAUGUGUGUCAGCUGAAGGCGGUGAGCCGUAAAUCUUUACAACAGGGAUUGCCAGCUGUCAUCCAGAUCCAGAAAGGCACCUGUGAAUCGGGUCACCAACAGCCCAACAGCCCAAGAUACAAGUUUAACUUCAUUGCAGAUGUGGUGGAAAAGAUUGCGCCCGCAGUUGUACACAUUGAAAUUUUCCUGAGACAUCCUCUCUUUGGCCGAAAUGUCCCCUUGUCCAGUGGAUCUGGGUUUAUAAUGUCAGACUCAGGUUUAAUUGUUACCAAUGCCCACGUGGUGUCAAGCAGCAAUGCUAUAUCAGGGCGACAACAAUUAAAAGUGCAGCUACAGAAUGGAGAUACCUAUGAAGCAACAAUCAAAGACAUAGACAAGAAGUCUGAUAUAGCAACAAUAAAGAUUCAUCCUAAAAAAAAACUGCCUGUAUUAUUACUGGGCCACUCGGCUGAUCUGCGUCCUGGGGAGUUUGUUGUGGCUAUUGGGAGCCCCUUUGCCUUGCAGAACACUGUGACAACAGGUAUUGUCAGCACUGCUCAGCGAGAUGGAAAGGAGCUAGGCCUGAGGGACUCGGAUAUGGAUUACAUUCAGACAGAUGCCAUUAUCAACUAUGGAAACUCAGGAGGACCUCUAGUUAAUUUGGAUGGUGAAGUGAUUGGAAUAAACACUUUAAAGGUUACUGCUGGAAUUUCCUUUGCUAUUCCUUCUGAUCGCAUCUCUCAGUUCCUCACAGAGUCACAUGACAAACAAAAUAAAGAUGGGAAAAAACGCUUCAUUGGCAUAAGGAUGCUGACAAUAACACCCAUUCUUGUGGAAGAACUAAAACUCAAUAAUCCUGACUUUCCUGAUGUCAGCAGUGGAAUUUAUGUACAUGAAGUUGUCCCAAAUUCACCUUCUCAGAGAGGUGGCAUCAAAGAUGGAGACAUCAUUGUUAAAGUAAAUGGACGUCCUUUGAUGACCUCCAGUGACCUGCAAGAGGCUGUGAUGAAUGAGUCACCUCUACUACUUGAAGUUCGAAGGGGAAAUGAUGACUUGUUAUUUAACAUAGAGCCUGAAGUUGUCAUGUAAAUCGAACUGAGGAAGCUCACACCAUAACUAAACUCACUUAUUCUGAAACAUCAGAUACCUCCUUUACAGCUGCAGUGAUUAUACUUCCUGUUGACUAAUGACAAGGUGGACUUACUUGAUUGCCUGAGCCAUAUCUGUACAUAGUAAUUAAAUUUAAUUAGGUUACAAAAUAAAAACAAACUUGAUUUUACCUUUAAAGCAAUUUUGUUAAAAAUAUUUUGAGGAUAACAACAAACAACCCCACAAUGUGUGUAAAUUGGGCACAUUAAUCAUAUAUCUGCCAUUGCAGGGGCCUCAGGCACUGGUGCACUUUGGCCCUUCUGUUCUCUGCCUGUGGCACAUAAUAGUCUUAUCUCCUGUGACCGUAAUGCUCUGGUCUAAUUUUGGUUGUUGGCUUUAGUGUAUGGGUACUGGGUGGUACUGAUGGUCUGUGAUAUACAGGAGUUCAGACUGGAACUGGUGGUCCCUCUGCCUUAAACUCUAUGACUCUUUCUGGAGUGUAACUAUAGAAAUUAAGGGCUUGGCUACACUGGAGAGUUGCCGCGCUGGUGGUGGGUUUACAGCGCUGCAACUUACUCACCGUCCACACUUGCAAGGCACUUACAGCACUGCAUUUCCCUGGCUGCAGCGCUGGCUGUACUCCUGCUCUGCCUGGGGUAUAACGAUUGCAGCGCUGGUGAUGCAGCGCUGCUUCGCCAGUGUGGCCACCAAAAGCGCUGUAAUUGGUCUCCAGAGGUAUUCGGAGGUAUCCCAGAAUGCCUGUUCAGCCACUCCCAACAGCACUGCAAAUGCUGCAAAUGUGGCCACACUGCAGCGCUGGUAGCUGUCAGUGCGGCCACACUGCAGCGCUUUCCCUACACAGCUGUACGAAGACAGCUGUAACUCCCAGCGCUGUACAGCUACAAGUGUAGCCAUACCCUGAGUAUCAGAGGGGUAGCCGUGUUAGUCUGGAUCUCUAAAACAGCAAAGAAUCCUGUGGCACCUUAUAGACUAACAGACGUAUUGGAGCAUGAGCUUUCGUGGGUGAAUGCAUGCAUCGGACCAAGUGGAUAUUCACCCACGAAAGCUCAUGCUCCAAUACAUCUGUUAGUCUAUAAGGUGCCACAAGACUCUUUGCUGCUACAAUAGAAAUUGGCUGCAAUCCCAGUCCCUUUAAAUUUAAUAGAAGUUUUGCCAUUGAUGGCAGGGUCAGUCCUGUAAUUUGAAGUCCAUAACUCCAUCAACAGUGAGGAAACAUGGUUAAAAAGGGGAAAUUGCCAUUGGAUGAUUAUAAGCAGGAUUUUGACACAACAGAACUAAGCUACUUUGACCAAAAGCUGAGCUUUUUUUGUUUGUUUGUUUUUGCGUUUUUUGCCUCUUUGAAUGUGAAAUUAGCAUUGGCAAAGCCUUUAUUGGUUCUUGGAGCUUGUACAUUAUAUAUGAAUGCAGGUGGGGAAAAUUUGUAAAUAUAAAAAUAGUAUGAAAGCGGUAACAGGCUAUAGAGUGUUACACCUAGGUCAUGCAAUUCUGGAAUAUAGUAAAUGAUUCUUAUAGAAUUAAUGCUUUAGUUAAAUAUAUAAAAGUCAAAACAAUGUGCAGAAAAAAAAGUUUGAAAAUGCACAGUAUUUUUACAGGGUUUUUUAAAGUCAAGGUACAAAUUAGUGUUUCAUUAUAUUGGUAUGCUUUGCUGAAAAAUUGAUAUACUACUUAUGCUUGUACUGUAUAUGUUUCUACUGUAAGGAAAUUGAAGUUUGCACAAAUAAAAAUUUGCUUUGCA